ACUAGACUGGCUGGUAUGGCAGAUGUGAAGGAAAUCAGACUAGAAUUAAAGAGGGAAAGAAGAAUUUGGCAUGGCCCUAGAAAGAAUUUGGCACAAGCCCCGACCAACGCGGCGUUAAACCAAAUCUCCGUCACAUGUGCUGUACACAGAGUGAAGCCGCGCUGCGUUGUGGUAUUUACGGCAAAGGGAUUAAUGCCUCCAGUUUUCACACCAAUUAACGAGGACCAAACUGUGAAUUAUUCAGCUAUACCUGGAUAUGCCAAGUAUUUAGCUGAUGCCGGCAUCAAAGCUGUUUUAGUUGGUGGCACAACUGGCGAGAAUAUGUCCCUUAAUGUAGAGGAAAGGAAGAAAAUAGUGGAUAUAUGGGUAAAGGAAGGAAGGACCUUGGGGCUCCAUAUCCAAGUUCAAGUUGGCGGUGGUCCCUUGAGAGAUGUGCUUGCAUUGGCACAGUAUUCCCAGGCGGUGGGCGUGAAUUCACUUCUCACUCUGCCAGAGUUAUAUUUUAAGCCCCAAACCGUUGAUGAACUGGUCCAGUAUGUUGAACUAGUCGCAAAAGCAGCCCCCAAAUUACCUGUAUUAUAUUACCAUAUACCCAGCAUGAGUAAAGUUGAGAUUAAUAUGCCAGCAUUUGUAAAAGCAGCUACCGCGCGUAUACCCAAUUUCAGAGGUCUGAAAUUUACUUCUAACGACCUUAGUGAAGGCGCGCAAACACUAAAGGCAUUGAAGAAGGAUCAAGAAAUAUUUUUGGGGGCCGAUACGUUACUGGCGCCAGCAGCUCUUCUAGGCAUAAAGUCCAGUAUCGGCACCACCUUCAGUUUGUUCCCGCAGCUAGCUCAAGAUAUACUGGUUGCCGUGGAAAGUAAAGAUAUCGCCAGAGCUAGGGAAUUGCAAGAUGUACUUAGCUCCGCAGUUGACGCUCUCACGGCAGAAGGUGCAUGGGUGCCGACAAUGAAAGCUGGUAUGGAGAUAGUGUCCGGUAUCAAGGUUGGUCCACCAUCCUUACCACAGAGGCCCAUCUCACCUGAAGCCAGACAAAGAAUCGCUACUAAACUGCGAGCCUUGAAAUUGGUUAAGUAAAUGUGAAAUCCGUGCUGCAAAUGGAAUAUCAUUUCUAUGUCUAUAUAUAUAAGGCUCAAUAUGUAAACAAUUUUGUAAUUAUAUAAAUAAUUUAAUAAACAAUUUGGAUAUACCAA